GCACAACAGCGCGUCAUUGCGCGUUCUCUCUCUAUCGCUGGAAGCGGAACGCUGAUGCUGCUGAUCAGAGGACACGGAGGAGGUACACGAGCAUCACCGGGAACCGACAGAAAUCAUCGGUAACAUGCGUCAGGACGGAUCUAUGCAGAUGGCUGCGCCACAGAAGGACGGAUCUGAUCAAAACUUUGAUUAUAUGUUUAAACUGCUGAUCAUUGGUAACAGCAGUGUUGGAAAGACUUCAUUUCUCUUCCGCUAUGCUGACGACUCCUUCACAUCAGCGUUUGUCAGUACAGUGGGCAUCGAUUUCAAAGUCAAAACUGUCUACAAGAACGACAAGAGGAUCAAACUGCAGAUUUGGGACACUGCCGGACAGGAGCGCUACAGGACCAUCACUACGGCUUACUAUCGUGGAGCCAUGGGCUUCAUCCUCAUGUAUGACAUCACCAAUGAGGAAUCAUUUGGAGCGGUGCAGGACUGGUCGACCCAGAUAAAGACGUACUCCUGGGACAACGCACAGGUCGUCCUGGCAGGAAAUAAAUGUGACAUGGAGGAGGAGAGAGUCGUGUCUGUAGAUAACGGCAGACUGCUGGCAGAACGGUUGGGUUUUGAGUUUUUUGAGACGAGCGCCAAAGACAACAUCAACGUGAAGCAGACCUUCGAGCGGCUGGUGGACAUCAUCUGCGACAAGAUGUCAGAUAGCUUAGAGACUGACCCGGCUGUUACCACAGGAACCCAAGGAACGGCCCGGUUAACGGACAACCCUCCUCCAAUACAGCAACCUAACUGUGCCUGUUAGUGCUCGGCUUACAACAGGGUAGCAUAAGUGUGUGUGUGUGAUACCUUUAUACAGAAGAGUAUAUCCUUUAAUGUCAUAGAUCAAUGGUGCUGGAACAACAGGAUUCGGAUUGGUGCACAUUACAUGCCCAAUGGGAACAGAGCUCGCGCUAAAAAUCUGUCGUACUCGCAUGAUUAACUUUAGUGAUCAAAAACAACAAUACAGGUUUAAAGGGACUAAACCCAGGGGUCUGGAGGUGUAAACUUUAACCAGGUUUGUUCCAGCAUCUUUGCACUAGACACACGUCCGUCCUGUAGUUUUUUCUCUUUAAAGUCAUUUCAUUUAAAAGUUUUAAUGGCCUUGCAGACGCACUGUUAUGUUAUGUAGUUAGAUAAGAUUCACAUGCACGUGACGGAUGCAAGCUGAUCAUUUUGAGCUACCUACAGACAGUACAAGCUGAAUUUAUCCUUAUGUAAGCUCCGCCCAUCGACAUGUAAGCUCCGCCCACCCCACAUGCCCAGACUAACUUUACAGCUGUUGCAUACAAAUCAAGUUGAGAUUAUAGAAGUGGGAUUAUCAGGAGGAUUUUAAGGUUGUUAUCGAGAACCUCAAUAGCAAAACAACACAACUUUUGUAGUUCAGGAAUUCUUGCCAUAUAAACAGUUAGCAUUUGGGAUGUUGUCUUGUUCUUUUAGCGCCUGUAAUAUUUAAUGUGUGUGUGUGUGUGAGAGAGAGAGAGAGAGAGAGAGAGAGUAGUAUAGAUUAAUAAAUAUUAUGUUACCUAUCUGGAUAUAAUGCUAUAUCUAGUGUACAGAUAUUUGUAUAUAAACAAAUAUAUGUGGAUUUUAAGUAGCUGUUAAAUACAGAGGGAGUGUUUUUAAACAUCUAUUGUAAAUGAAUUCACACUGAAGUUUAUGUGCGCGUCUGAAAAUAAAAUCUUAUAGGUGAAGUUUUAUUUCCCAAACCGUUGGUCAUUUAUCUGAAGGCUAUGAAGUCCUGGCUUUAUCUCUGAUCUCAUUUUAUGCUCUUUGCCAGAUUUGUGGAUUUUAGAUGAUCUUAGAAAGCUUUAGUCACCUUGUAAAAUCAUGCAGUAAUAGCCAAGAAAAUGUGCCGGGUGUUUGAAAACGUGAGUUGGUCAUCAAUCAGUAUUUAAUCCGGCAGUGACUGCAAUUUUAAUCACAGCAAAUUGAUCACUACCCUAAACAAGAACCCUUCUAGAGAGAUCAUUUCUUUCAUCAUUUAACUCCAAAAUCAAUAUAAAAAAUAGUAUUUUGCAUAAAGAAAAUUAAGACUUAAGGACCAUUAACUAUUUCCCCGCCAUUCAUGAGUUAUUUAGUCAAUUAAAAGAAAUCGAGUUUUUACAGCAAUCCAUAUUUCUGCUUUUAACCACCCGCUCUGAAUCUGAUCUCUAACAAAAGUCCUUUACAAAAAUGCUCAAAAAAUCUCAGCUUUUUGUUCAAAAUUUGCUAUUUUUUUAAGAAACCCAUCUAUAUGUGACAUCACCUGUUAAAAUAAAGGGUAAAUAAAUCAAAUAAAAAAUAUUUGAGAGGUGAUAAAAAGAGAACAAAUGAAGAUAGGAUGAAACGUAGUUUUUUUCAUUUGAUAUAUUGGAUGUUUAUAUAUUUAAAGUAGAACAUUUUCUGGAAAGCAUUAAACUUUUGUGAAUUUUUUU